AUGCAGUCGGCUCGUUUGGCAGCGCGCAAGCUGCUUGGCCGUCGCGCCUUUGCGACUGUCGGCGACUCGCCUCUUUCCAAGAAGGUCGAGAUGACCAACUGGGAAACCGGCAACUACAUCAACUACGCCAAGAUGAGCGAGAACCUCAGCAUCGUUCGCCAGCGUCUUAACAACCGCCCUUUGACCUACGCCGAGAAGAUUCUCUACUCUCAUCUUGACAACCCUCAUGAGCAGGAGAUUGAGCGUGGUGUCUCUUACCUCAAGCUCCGUCCCGACCGUGUUGCUUGCCAGGACGCCACUGCCCAGAUGGCCAUUCUCCAGUUCAUGUCCGCUGGCAUGCCCUCCGUUGCUACCCCUUCCACUGUCCACUGUGACCACUUGAUUGAGGCUCAGAUUGGUGGCGAGAAGGAUCUUGCCCGUGCUCAGGACAUCAACAAGGAGGUCUACGACUUCCUGUCCACCGCUUGCGCCAAGUACAACAUCGGUUUCUGGAAGCCUGGCUCUGGUAUCAUUCACCAGAUUAUCCUCGAGAACUACGCUUUCCCCGGUGGUCUUAUGAUCGGAACUGACUCUCACACUCCCAACGCUGGUGGUCUCGGUAUGGCCGCCAUUGGUGUCGGUGGUGCUGAUGCCGUCGAUGUCAUGGCCAACCUUCCCUGGGAGCUUAAGGCCCCUAAGGUUAUUGGUGUUAAGCUCACUGGCGAGCUGUCUGGCUGGACUUCUCCUAAGGACAUUAUCUUGAAGGUCGCUGGUAUCCUCACUGUCAAGGGAGGAACUGGUGCCAUCAUUGAGUACCACGGACCCGGUGUCGACUCUAUCUCUGCUACCGGCAUGGCAACUAUUUGCAACAUGGGUGCUGAGAUUGGUGCCACCACCUCCCUCUUCCCCUUCAACGACCGCAUGUACGACUACCUGAACGCCACCAAGCGCAAGCAGAUUGGUGACUUCUCGCGCACCUACGCCAAGGAGCUCAAGGAGGACCAGGGCGCUGAGUAUGACCAGCUCAUUGAGAUUAACCUCUCCGAGCUUGAGCCUCACAUCAACGGUCCUUUCACUCCCGAUCUUGCCACCCCCAUCAGCAAGUUCAAGGAGGCUGUCAAGGCCAACGGCUGGCCCGAGGAGAUGAAGGUCGGUCUUAUCGGAUCUUGCACCAACUCCUCUUACGAGGAUAUGUCGCGUGCCGCUUCCAUUGCCCGUGACGCUCUCGACCACGGUGUCAAGGCCAAGUCCCUCUUCACCGUCACUCCCGGUUCCGAGCAGAUCCGCGCUACCAUUGAGCGUGACGGUCAGCUCCAGACCUUCGAGGAGUUCGGUGGUAUGGUUCUUGCCAACGCUUGCGGUCCUUGCAUUGGACAGUGGGACCGUCGCGAUGUCAAGAAGGGCGAGAAGAACUCGAUCGUCUCUUCUUACAACCGUAACUUCACUUCCCGUAACGAUGCCAACCCCGCUACCCACGCCUUCGUCACCUCCCCCGACCUUGUCGUGGCCAUGACUGUCGCUGGUACUCUCAACUUCAACCCUCUCACCGACUCCCUCAAGGACAAGGAUGGCAACGAGUUCAUGCUCAAGGCCCCUACCGGUGACGGUCUUCCCGCCAACGGCUACGACCCUGGCAUGGACACCUACCAGGCUCCUCCUAAGGACCGCUCCCAGGUCAACGUUGCCGUUUCCCCUACCUCUGACCGUCUCCAGAUCCUCGAGCCUUUCAACGCUUGGGACGGCAAGGACGCCACCGACCUUCCCAUCCUGAUCAAGGCUCAGGGCAAGACCACCACUGACCACAUCUCCAUGGCCGGUCCCUGGUUGAAGUACCGUGGUCACUUGGACAACAUCUCCAACAACAUGUUGAUUGGUGCCAUCAACUCCGCCAACGGCGAGGCCAACAAGGUUGAGAACUUCACCAACGGUGAGUUCGGCACUGUUCCCGGUGUUGCCCGUGACUACAAGGCCAAGGGCAUCCGCUGGGUCGUUGUCGGUGACUGGAACUACGGUGAGGGUUCUUCCCGUGAGCACGCCGCUCUCGAGCCCCGUCACCUUGGUGGUCUCGCCAUCAUCACCCGUUCCUUCGCCCGUAUCCACGAGACCAACUUGAAGAAGCAGGGUAUGCUUCCUCUCACCUUCUCCGAGCCCGCCGACUACGACAAGCUCAACCCCGAUGACAAGGUUGACCUUCUCUGCACUGAGCUCGCCGUUGGCAAGCCCAUGACCAUGAAGGUUCACCCCAAGAACGGCGAGUCCUACGAGAUCAAGCUUUCGCACACCUUCAACGAGGGCCAGAUCGAGUGGUUCAAGAACGGCUCUGCCCUCAACACCAUGGCCAAGGCCGCCAAGCAAUAA